AUGUCUAUUCGUCUUAUAUUUACCAACAAUUCGGUCAAGAACACGACCUUGGGCUGCGAUAGCCUUGGGAUCCACUACGAAGUCUCCAAGUCCAAGGAUGAUGGCAUCGUUUCUGUCGCGCGCUGGGACUGGCAUACCGACCAGAGCGUUACCAUUGGUCAAUUCCGUCUCCCAUUAUUCAGCAAGGACCAAAUCAAGCUGGCUAGGGAUACUAAACUAUACACGCAAUAUAGUAGCAGGUCAUUCGAGGCUGAUAAUGGAGCCGUUUAUAGAUGGAAGCUAAAGAGGGAGGGUAUCAAUGCGAACCAUGUUCUGUACUAUGAUGACGAAAUGGAUGGAUCCGAUCCACUUGUCAAGUAUUGUCGGCAUUAUAGAACCUCGAAUGAGCCUUCCUAUUUGGAGAUACUUGAUUCCUCUGUGAUGGACUCCUUGGAUCUCAUUGUUGUCACAUUCCUGAUUAUGGAGAAGAAGAAACGCGACAGAGACAAGUCUAGUGGUGGUAAUUAA